UCUGUCUCUUCAACGCAUGGUCCGUACUUAUUUCGAUUUGUGCGAAGGAGUUCCACUUCGAAGUGAAGUUUCUUGUGCAUUUAAAUGAUGAAGAACGGGAAACGCCAAAAGAUCCACUUUGACAGUGAUGAUGAGGAUACUCCGCUGUUGGCCAUCGCGGGACGUCAGCAAGAUGUUCAUCAACCGAACAUGAGGACCGACCCCCUGGAAUCUCGAUUCGAGGCACAAAAGCAGGCUUUGAUUGAAGCAAGAAAACAGAUUCAAGAACAAGCCAAGGAAAUCAGUGAUCUGCACCAGCAACUGGCGGCUCAAACUGAACAGAUGCAGGAUGAGAUCCGAAAGCAGGGCGAGGCGCAAUACCAACAGCUCUCUGAGGAGCAGCGCCAGGCUGAGGUGCAGCAGAAACACAGUGCCGACCUAGCCGAAAUGCUUCAAGCUGUCAAGAAUAUAGCGGCUGUAUCAACGAACACGUUUGGUCUCGUGAAGUCACGGGUUGACAGGAAACAUCAGAUGGGGGGUUCAACAAGCAACAGCGAAAACGUAGCUCCACCGGCGCCUUCUCACCUGCCGGCCCCUUCUGCUCCAAGUACAUCUCUUGAAAUUUCCGAUGGGAAAAUCGUCAUUCCCAUUCGCUACGAAAACUUCAACCCCGGAACAGUCUACGAGCCGGUAACAGACGACGCAGAAGAGUACGGUAUCCUUCGUUUGAGAUCCGGUGAAAAAAGGUGACAACUUUCGUACGGGGACUCCUGCCAUACUUCUUUGAGUCUGAUGUCUUGAAGCGAUCAAAUUAUGAAAGCAGCAAAGUCAUGACAAAGGAUAGGCAAGUAAAGAAGGAUCGUCUGGACAGACAGAAGGUGAUGGCCAUUCUGGAUCAGGCCGAACUGGAAAACCCUGGUCAAACGCGAGGCAAGAUGGCCUUUGCUAAAAUCAGAGCUGUCAUUAAUGAUAAGUGCCGCCAUAGUUAAGACCUAGUUCACUUUUAGCGAUCCUUCAAAAAAAACAAAACCAAACCCCUCCAACAUCAUACUUAUCCUAUCGUGAAUUUAGGGGAAAAAACUUGCGUGUGGACCUUUUCUGUCACUGUUUAAUAUCAGGUAAUAUUUUUCAAGAUGCAAACCCUGUUUUCUCUCCAAAAGGCCUUCCAGGCAUUAAUAACGAAGGAGCAACUGUAUUCUCUUAAUUUCUCAUUUGUAUUUUGUUUCGGAAAACUAAACAACGUGAAAUUUCAUGUAUGUAGGAAAUAGAAUCAAGUGUAAUCGGAAUUCAAUCCCUAUUCGAACUCGUUUGUCCAUAUUUUCCCGUUAAUUCAUAUAGCAUUAUCAUUAAUGAAGGACAUCUUCGAUCCGGUAACUAUUCGUCUCGCUGUGUUUUCAGUAAACUAUCUUCCGUCACUAUUCUAUGUCAGUGAAUUUUGUAUAAACGUCUUGCAUAGAUUGUUUCAAAGAAAUGCACAUAUGUAUAAAACGACAUACAUGUCAAAAGAAGCCCCUGCAUUAAUAACAUUAGUAUCAGUAGGUCAGGGAAAUAUAAAUGUAUACCAGUCUUUGGGGUUUUAAAAUGUAUUGCA